AUGCCACCAUGCGUUGCCAUUCACUGCCCCCCAGCGGCACGCGGCAUUGGCGCCUAUUGCCGCCCGACAAGCACCGCCAGCGCCCAACAUUUUGAGCCACCUCCCACGCUGUGCCGCCCGUCGUUCUCUCGAGCCUGCAAACCCGCGGGGAUGCGGGCACGGUCCCCUUCGUGCGCCGCUUCUCGCUGGAAGGCAGUCCGCUUGGGGCAGGUCAGGCGCGGUAGCACGCGCAGGCAGUGCGCGCCGCGCGUGCAGGCGGAGGAGGCGGCGGAGAGAGCAAUGGCAGAGGCGGAUCCAUUGGAGCAGUUUGUGCGCAUCGACCACGGCAGGCAGUCGCGCACCGGCAUGCCCGAGGUGGUGUACGGGCAGGGCAAGACGGCGCAGCAGAUGGCCGCCAUCCUCACGGCCAUGGCAGACAGGGCCACCCAGGCGGGCGAUCAAGGACGCAGCCGGAGGGCUGUCAUGGCCACCAGGGUUGAUCCCGAGGCUGCACAGCAGGUGUGUGCGCUGCUGCCCUCCGCCAUCUACCACCCUCUGGCCCGCGUGCUGCACCUGCCGCUGCCCCUGCCGCCCACAGCAGGCGCAGAGGCGAGUGAGGCCGGCGAGAGUGGCGCACCAUGUGGUUCAGGCAGUGCUGCUGCUGACAGCACUGGUGACAGUGGUGGUGGGAGAGAGGGGGCGAGCGGGCAUGUGAUGGUGGUGACUGCCGGCACCACUGACCUUCCUGUGGCUGAGGAGGCGAGGGUGACUCUGGAGCUCAUGGGUGUGCCGGUGGGUCUCAUCGCUGACGUGGGUGUGGCGGGGCUGCACCGCGUCAUCACCCAGCUCCCCAGGAUCCGGCAGGCAUCGGUGGUGAUAGUGGUGGCGGGCAUGGAUGGUGCGCUGCCAAGUGUCAUCUCGGGACUGGUGGACAUGCCAGUCAUUGCUGUGCCCACCAGUGUGGGGUACGGAGCAUCAUUUGGCGGCGUGGCAGCGCUGCUGGCAGCGCUCAACGCGUGUGCACCGGGCGUCACCGUUGUCAACAUUGACAACGGUUUUGGUGCCGCUGCUGCUGCUGCACGCAUUCUUUUAAGGAGACAAUCGUGA